AACGUUUCUGAUGGGCGGGGCAUUUAGUUGUCUCUUCAUUUCCCAAGCUGUGUUUCAACUUCCUUCUGGAGCAAGUCUUUUGUUGCACUAAUCACAGUUUUUCACAGAGCAGAGCCUGACAGUGUGUGAGCAGUGUCAGUUAGUAAAUGUACACCUGACUGAUCCCCCAAAAUGCGAUUUCCAGCGAAGGUUCUGGGACUUAUGUUAUGGACUGUUUGUGUGGCACAAGAUUGUCAAGAACCUCCUCCAAGAAAACAGACAGAAAUUCUGUCAGGCUCCUGGCAGGAACAGAGCUACCCAGAGGGCACUCAGGCCACAUAUAAGUGCCGACCUGGAUAUCGAACUUUCGGCAAUAUCCUCAUGCAGUGCCGAAGAGGGGAGUGGGUGGCGCUCAACCCAACAAAGAUAUGUCGCAAACGGCCCUGUGGAUACCCUGGGGAUAUUGCCUUUGGCUCAUUCGAACUUGAAGAAGGAAAUGAGUUUGUAUUCGGUGCCAAGGUUGUUUACACAUGUGAUGACGGGUAUCAGCUGUUAGGUGAGGUUAAUUUCCGGAAAUGCGAAGCAGACGGAUGGAGCAAUGAUGUUCCCAUGUGUGAAGUCACUAAGUGCUUACCGGUGACAGAACCAAAGAAUGGGAGAAUUAUCAGUGGUGCCCUGGAGACGAACCAGGAGUACACUUUUGGACAAGUUGUACUGUUUGAAUGUAAUGAAGGUUUCAUGCUUGAUGGGCCUAAAGAAAUACAUUGCUCGACAAACAGUGUUUGGAGUGGAGAAGCGCCGAAUUGUGUGGAAAUUUCCUGCAAGCUACCAAGAAUUUCAAAUGGAGAGCCCCUGAAUCCUAAGGACAUUUACAAACAAAAUGACCGACUUCAAUAUAAAUGUUACACGGGUUUUGAUUACAGUGAAAGAGCCGACACUAUAUGCACUAAAUUUGGGUGGUCGCCAGCUCCUUCAUGUAAAGAAAUUACAUGCGACAAACCCUCUAUUCCAAACGGUGAUUACGGUCCUCGAAGGCCCAAAUACAGACUUGAAAAUACAAUCACAUACCAGUGUAAAAGCGGCUUUUACCCUGCAACCCGAGGGACCACGGCAAGAUGCACUAAUAUAGGCUGGGAGCCUCGUCCAAGAUGCAGCUUUGAACCCUGCCACUUUCCAGAAAUAAAACAUGGACGCCUAUAUAAUGAAGAGACAUAUAAACCAUACUUCCCAGUAGCCGUAGGAAAGUGGUAUCACUAUUCCUGUAAUGACAACUUUGUGACUCAUUCACAAUCAUACUGGGAUCGCAUUACUUGCACACGAGAAGGAUGGUCCCCAGCAGUACCCUGCCGCAGACAGUGUAUCUUCAGGUAUGUGCAAAAUGGAUAUUCCCCAUAUUAUGAAACAAAAUAUUUACAGGGUGACUCUGUAAGAGUUGACUGCCAUCCCGGCUACAGCCUCCCCAAUCAGCAGACCACAAUGACAUGCACAGAGGAUGGCUGGUCCCCUCCACCCACAUGCAUCCGUGUCAAAACAUGUUCAAAAUCAGACCUAGAAAUUCCAAAUGGAUUUGUUUCUGAACCUGAGCUUACAUAUCCCUUAUCUAAACAAGUACAAUAUAAGUGCAAACAAGGAUAUGUGACAGCAGAUGGUCAAACCACAGGGUCGAUUACAUGUCAGCAGCAUGGAUGGUCCGAUCAGCCCACGUGCAUUAAAUAUUGUGAUGUGCCCGCAUUUGAGAAUGCCAGAGCCACAGGUCAUGGCACGUGGUUUAAGGUCAACGACAGGUUGGACUAUGUAUGCCAUGAUGGAUAUAAAAACAGAAAUGGACACACCAGAGGUACCAUAGUAUGUGGUGACAAUGGUUGGUCUGACACACCCGCAUGUCAUGAAAAGGAAUGCAAAGUUCCUGAUAUAGAACAAAAUGUAAUUGCUGACCCAAGGAAAGACACAUAUAAAGUUGGAGAAGUGAUGAAAUUCUCCUGCAGAAACAGACUUCAAAUUGUUGGAGCAGAUUCAUCUCAGUGCUACCACUUUGGGUGGUCCCCUAAUCCUCCAACAUGUAAAGAGAAUGUAGCACCCUGUGGUCCUCGCCCUGAGCUCCCCAAUGGGGAAGCUAAAAGCACACCUAAGCAAGAAUAUGAACAUGGGGAUGUGGUGGAGUAUGGCUGCAAGCCUAGAUUUCUGAUGAAAGGUUCUAACAAAGUUCAAUGUCUUGAUGGAGAAUGGACAACCUUGCCGAAGUGCAUUGAGGAGAACAGUACAUGUGGAGAUGCACCUGAACUUGAUCAUGGCUAUGUGGUGUCCCCUGCCCCUACCUAUCACCAUGGAGAUUCAGUAGAGUUCAAUUGCAGAGAAGCAUUUACAAUGAUUGGACACGGAUCAGUUACGUGUAUCAGGGGAAUGUGGACCCAGCCUCCUCAGUGCAUUGAAACAGAUGAACGUAAGAAGUGUAGAUUAUCCAAGUCAAUUGCACAGGAGACAAACCUAUCAGAUAACGUUGACUAUAACCAUAAUGUGAACAUAAAUUACACAUGUCGAGGAAAAUCAGAACACAGACACUCAAUCUGCAAAAAUGGAAGAUGGGAUCCCGAAGUAACCUGUGCAGAAGUACGAAGAUGUCCACCUCCACCUCAGAUUCCCAAAACUGAAAACAUGACAACUACAGUGAAUUACCAGGAUGGAGAAAAUGUAUCUAUUCUGUGUCAAGAAAGUUCUCUGCUUCAGGGACCAGAAGAAAUCGAGUGCAAGGAUGGAAUAUGGCAGUCGGUACCACUCUGUGUUGAGAAACUUCCAUGUUCUCAACCACCUCACAUCGAACAUGGAACCGUUAAUUCAUCUAUGUCUUCAGAAGGAAGAGAAGAAACAUCGGAACCCAACAUUUACAGACAUGGCACCAAACUCAAUUAUAUUUGUCAUGCCGGUUUCAGCAUAUCAUCAGAAGGUGGGAUAACAUGCCACAUGGGAACAUGGACUUCUCCACCUCAGUGUAUAGGACUUCCUUGUGGAGAACCAACUCCGAUUACGAAUGGUGCUGUGCCUGACAAGUUAAACAGGUACCAGUAUGGAGAAGAAGUGACGUACAAGUGUUCCGGAGGAUUUGAGAUUGAUGGACCUGCAUCUAUAACAUGUUUAGGAGAGAGAUGGUCCCGUCCACCACAGUGCAUAAAAGCAGAAUGUUCUCACCCUCCUAGUUUUGGUAAUGCCAUACUCAUGAGUAAGCGGAAGUCAUCAUAUAAGCCAGGAGCAGAAUUGGCUUAUAAAUGUCCACAAUAUUUCCAAAUGGAAGGAUCCAAUACUGUACAGUGUAUUAAGGGCAAAUGGUUGGGGAAACCAACCUGCAGAGAUGUUUCCUGUGUGAAUCCCCCCACAGUGGAAAACGCUCGUAUAGUAGGCAAGAUGUCUAAGUAUCUGCCUGGUGACAGAGUACGUUAUGAAUGCAUCAGAUCUUUGGCCUUAUUUGGGAAUAGAGAAGUGAUGUGUUUAAAUGGAACCUGGACAGAACCACCUCAGUGCAAAGAGUCUACUGGAAAGUGUGGGCCCCCUCCACCUAUUGACAAUGGAGACACCAUCACCUUCCCAUUAGCGGAGUAUGCUCCGGGGGCAUCAGUUGAAUACCAAUGCCAGCAGUUGUAUGAACUUCAGGGAAACAGGCAGAUAACAUGUAGAAAUGGAGAGUGGUCAGAACCACCAAAAUGCGUAGAUGCAUGUGUAAUAUCAGAAGAAAUUAUGAGAAAACAUAAUAUAAAGCUUAAAUGGAGUAACGCAAAAAAAAUUUAUUCUAAAACAGAUGAUGUUAUUGAAUUUGCUUGUUUAUAUGGGUACCAUAAACAGUCACCAGAUUCUGCACUACGAGCAUACUGUCGGGAGGGAAAAGUGGAGUAUCCCACUUGUGUGAGAUAAUUAAUAUAGAUAGAAGGAAGUCAUGAAAUUAUAAUAUACAUCUCAUUUAGAAUUUUUGUUAUUAUUCCAAUUCUUCUCAAUUUUUUUCAAACAUUAAAAAAUCAUAAUUCUUUUAUUCAUAAAUCAGAAUUUGUGUUAAAUAUUAUAUGGAGGGUGUCAUUGUAACCUGAGAGACCAGUCUGUCACUUCUUAAAAGCAUCUCAUUAAAAUGUGACAAACCAAAAUUCUGUGUUUUAUUCAUAAAACAUCUAUGCGCAGAAAUUACAUGCAGUACUUGAGAGCCUGCCUCCAUCUACCAUUCUCUGAACACUCUCAAAUCACCCUCCAUAACAUGGCAGGCGUUCUGAGAGUCUUCUACCAGAAGAAAUGGAAAAAAUGCUUGUCUCCAUGUUCAAAAUAACAUCACUUCACAAACAUGUAAAAAUUGAACUACGUCAUAAAUGUGCUAGCCAUAAGAUGUAAGAGCUUAUUACUUAGUUUUGCUUAUCUCUCAAUAGCUAAAUGUACCUCGAAAUGAUGAAAUACAUGAUGUACAAGAGGUCCGCUUAGCCCACAUAAUAAGUCACACAAAUGAUAGGAAUUAGACUCUAAUUGAGUGCAAAACUAUUAUAACAUUGACAUGAAAAGUGAUAAAAACAACAUCAAGUGUAAACGUACACCCACAUCCACACAAUAUGCUUUGAAUGAUGAAUAACUGUUCAUAGAACAAAGAUUGGCAGGAAGGACAACAAAACACUUACCAUAACUAUAGCUGAAUUUAGAGAUAAUAGGGGUAAGAGUUGCUGUUCAAUUCUUUUAUCUGUAUGCUCACAUUUUCCUAUCUUUAAUAUGUAUCACUUUUGAAGCAGAGGACUAUGUUAAUUUAAAAUAAACAUAUAAAAA